UGCUUGCCUCUCUGAGACUCUGACCUCGGUAACAGCUGAGUCCUAGUUAUGGCCACCACCACCACUGUUGAAGCUCCGCCCAUCCAAGGCACCACGCUUUCAGAGGCGUAUGAGCUCCGUGAUGUCACAAAACAUGGGAGCAAACCGCCCUCUAUGUCCUCAGAGCAACCGGGCCCUCCAGAGCCGCCCAAGAUCGGCUUCGAUGUCCACUUCAAGAUCGCGGCAACGGGCCUUUCCUUUUUCGUCUCCGGCAUCAACGACGGCAGCAUUGGUCCGCUGAUGCCAUACUUCAUCCGCGACCAUACUCUCAGCACUGCCGUCGUCUCCGUCAUCUAUGUUGCCAACUUCCUGGGCUGGCUGCUUGCCGCCCUCACCAACACCCACUUGAUGCAAAUCCUCGACCUCGGAGGCCUACUGGCCGUCGGCACUGUCGUACAGAUCAUCGCUCACGCACUGCGGGUCUGGAACCCCCCCUUCCCCCUCUUUGCCGUCACUUUCAUGAUCGUCUCCGUAGGCCAGGCGUACCAGGAUACAGGCGGCAACACGUAUUGUUCUGGAGUUGUCCGCGCCCAUCUCUGGCUCGCCUUCAUCCACGCCAUGUACGCCGGCGGCUGUCUCGUCGCCCCCUUCGUAUCUACCGCCGUCGCCACGGCGAAUACCCCAUCGCGCUGGUACCUCUACUACGCCUUUCCUCUCGGCAUCGGCGUCUUCAACUCCGCCGCCACCAUCUUCGCCUUCCGGGACACCAUCAAGACUCGCUUUUGGAGGAGGCGUAGUAAUCACCGCUCUGACAGUGAUGAUGCGGCCCGAGGCGGCGAUGCCAACGCGGCGACCGAGGGAGGCCAACCGGACUGGCAGGCGACCCCCACGCAGCUCAUGAAGAAAGCGCUGUGCCUCAAGAGCGUCUGGCUCAUCAGCCUCUUCUACUUCUUCUUCCUCGGCGCGCUCCUCACUGCCGCCGGAUGGGUCGUCGAGUACCUCGUUCAGGCUCGAGGGGGGGAUCUCGCUUUGAUGGGGAACGUCCCGGCCGGCCUUAAUGGAGGAGUCUUCCUCGGUCGGUUGUUGCUGGCCGAACCUACGCAUCGCUACGGUGAGCGGAGGAUGGUCUUCAUCUACGCAGUAUUUUGUGUUGCCUUUCAACUCGUCUUCUGGCUUGUGCCGAAUAUCAUCGCUGCCUUGAUCGCAAUCAGCUUUAUCGGUUUCUUUUCCGGGCCUUUUUUUGCCACGGGAAUGUCUGUCGCAUCCAAACUUGUCCCGCGAGAGCUGAACUCGACGGCCAUGGCAUUCGUUUUUGUCUUUGCCCAGGGUGGUGGAACACUGUUUCCCAUGAUCACCGGUGUUCUUGCUUCGAGGGCAGGUGUUUCCGUCCUGCAGCCUGUGCUGAUCGGCCUCUGGGUCGCCUGCGCCAUUAGUUGGUUGCUCAUUCCGAAAGUCAACAAGGAUAACAACCCUGAUUUGCACAGCGAGUAGUUGGCCUAUGGCAUUACCAUGAUGUGUAUUCCGAUAUCACGACGUCUAGCUGCAGGCAGACAGCCAGUCAGUCAGUCUUGAAAGAAGGACAAUCGAGUUGAAUCAACCGGCUUCAUAACUUGAAGGGUGGGCGUUUCGUUCUUUUCUUCUUCAUGUGUCCUUUCUCUGUGUCAUUCUUCGUGUUGAUUGUUCUGAUAGUAGCGUGAGCUUAUUAUAUGCCUGACUAAUCCUUCAUUAAACGAAGA